AUGCCACACAAUAAUCAAAAUGAUGACGAGAUUUUAAUAGCACAUCCAUGCUAUCGUGGCCGUAGCCAUUCGUCCAAUGCUGUGUGUCCUGCCUAUUGUGAUUGUGAAUUUCCCAAAUCGACAAUUGUGUCGGGCUAUAAGGGUCACGUUCCAGAUUUGGUAAAAUGCCGUUGUGGUGAAGAUGAUCCUGCCUAUCAUACCAUCAAAUGGAAUUGGUAUAAAUGCCCCGAAUCCGAUAUACAUUUGGAUGGACCGAAUGUAACAUUCCAUCCCACAUAUUCACAAGGUACUGCCAUGAUACGUGGUGAUCAGCCGCUGGCGGCGGGUAUGAUGCAUUUUUGGGAAAUGAGAAUACUGACGGCGCUGUCCGGAACUGAUGUGAUGUUCGGUGUGGGUACGGAUAAAGUCGACUUGACACAAUUCAAAUUCCAUUUCGUUUCGGCCUUGGGCACAAAUGCCCAAUCGUGGGGUUUCUCUUACGAAGGGAAAGUUCAUCACAAUGGCCAUCAACUGCCAUAUGGGCAAAAAUUCUCUCAGGGUUGCAUUGUGGGUGUUCUCCUAGAUCGAACACGAGGCCAAUUGGAAUUCUUUUUGAAUCGUCGUUCCCUAGGGGUGGCCUUCAAUAACAUACCUACCGAUCCCAGUGUUAAAUUAUAUCCCAUGAUAUGUUCCACAGCAGCCAAAUCAUCGAUACGUCUAAUAAAUGCCACAUCCCAAGCGGAAUGCUUACAGCUGAGAGCUUUUCGUGCGGUAUCCAAACAACCCAAAGCCAUGGAAGAACUAAGACAGUUACCGGGUCUAAAGACCAUUAUGAAUGAUUAUUGGUUUUUGGCACCUCCGGUGCGUUAUUCUCAGCAGAGUAAAGACUCGGAAUUCGAUAUACUCGAUGAGGCAGUGUUGUCGAAAAAUCGCCGGGGACGUAAACAGAAGUAUAAAGAUGACGACAUUGAUGUCAAUGAUCUCUACAGCAAUGCCCAUAAAAUUGCCUUGCGCCAUCACCGCUCGGAUAGUGAUGAUGAACCUGCCCUUAAUGAGUAUUUUGAUGAAUAUUUCCAUUAUCUAUUCUAAGC